AUGAACCCCGAAACCCAAGUCAACCUUUCCCAAGACAACCUGUCAUACCUCUGUUCCGUCAAUGGAGUAUCUAUCCAGGUGUUUGAACAGGGCAAACUUUCGCUAUUUACAGAGGGCCAAAUUGUGGCCUACAUCACAUCACAGCCACUACCACAACAAGCAAUAAUCCUACAAGUCUGGGAUAACUACAGUCACCAAACCGCAACAAUCGUCCUGCUUUCGAACACCAGAGCAUGGCUCCAAGAAGAUCGGAUCCUUGUCUUUCCUCGUGAACAGGGCGGCGGGCUCUGGCGGCUGGACUGCAGACAGUCUGAUCCUACAGCAUUUGCGGCCCUCCAAGACGUCCUCACAUACUUUAUCAAAUACGAAAACAGACACAAUAUGCGCAACACAUUGGCAAUGAUGAGCCCAGUCUCAUGUCAAGUCACUCAAGUGGUAGCAAACGAUAUACAUCUCGAUGCUAAUGACCAGAAUGCCGGUACUCUAGAAGAUCCUGUAGCAGCAGAAGAAGCAAAAAUCGGCCAAAAGUUACCUGUUACAGUAGAUAGAUUUGAUAUUCAGGGAGACCAUGAUCCUGCAAAAAUUCAAAAGGUGAAAUUAUUACAUCAAUCAAGUAGUGCCAUUGUAACUGGGUCUGGGUGGCUAGCAAGUGCACUCGUAUUUGCAGGCAACACAUUAGCCAAGGGUAUCCAAAGUGGAAGUGAGAUGAUCGAAAAACGUGUGGAGCCUUCUCAAAACCCUGUGCGAUUAUCAGAAGGAGAACGACAGGUUCUUGAUUCUAUUGCCGACACUACAAAUUUGGUCUGUAAAACUGGUGUUAGUCUAAUGGACAAGGCAGUCUCGGCAACCGUAAAUGGGAUCAGCAAUCUUUGUGAGAGCACAGAACAGCAACAAAGGUCAAGAGACCCUGUGGCUCAGGCUGGGCGUAGCUUUGGGAUAUCUGCUCUCAGGGCAGCUGCGACUGUAUUGGGUGGAGUGGCAACCGCGGCAAGUGCUGUCAUUGGCUCGUCCAGGGACGGCAUUGUUCAUAUUGUCCAUCGAAAAUAUGGCGAAGAUGCCGGAUACGUUGCUCAACGAACGAUGGGCUCGGCAGCCGAUAUUGCAGACACACUAGUCUACUUUGAUGCGGGUGGAAUUGCGAGACGUGUGCUGACAUCUAGUGCUCACGCCAUAAGUGCCUAUCAUGCCAAUAGAAACGGCCCUACAACCCAAAGAGAGAUCGUAUUUGAGGUAGACCAUGAUGAAGACCAACAUCAGGACGAAAAAGGAAAGGGAAGCUAUCAUCAAUAUCAACACCAAGAAGAACAUCAAGACUACAAUAAUCAUCAAAAUUCAUUUUCAGAAGCCUGUGUUUCAUCGUCUUCGUCAGCAAAACCGAUUCGCUCGGUAGACGUGUGACUUGUGUCACCUUGUUUAGUUUAAUUUAUUUAUUUAUUCAUUCAUUCAUUCAGUGCUUUCACCAAAUGAUGGAAUCGGCCAAUCAAAAUCAAUCUUCAUACAUAUAUAUUUUUUUUCUUCAGAAAUAAAAUCCACUCGUCGUUUUACUUGG